GAGACCCGACUGGAGCGCCCGGUGCCCAGCCGGGGCCAGGGCGCCUCCGCGCGGAGAGGCUUCCGCUGGCCUGAGCGGCGGCCUCCGCAUGGAGGGGCCGCUCGCUCCGUCCCCGGAGCCGGGGCCGCUCCCGCUGCCUUUGCAGGGAGGCGGAGCCGCCGCUGUUCCGGAGCCCGGAGCCCGGCAACACCCGGGACACGAGACGGCGGCGCAGCGGUACAGCGCCCGCCUGCUGCAGGCCGGCUACGAGCCCGAGAGCAUGGCGGACUACCUGAUCAGCGGCGGCACGGGCUACGUGCCCGAGGACGGGCUCACCGCGCAGCAGCUCUUCGCCAACGCCGACGGCCUCACCUACAAUGACUUCUUGAUCCUCCCGGGAUUCAUAGACUUCAUAGCCGAUGAGGUGGACCUGACGUCCGCCCUGACCCGGAAGAUCACUCUGAAGACGCCGCUGAUCUCCUCUCCCAUGGACACUGUGACAGAGGCUGACAUGGCCAUUGCAAUGGCUCUGAUGGGAGGGAUUGGUUUCAUUCACCACAACUGCACCCCAGAGUUCCAGGCCAAUGAAGUGCGGAAGGUCAAGAAGUUUGAGCAGGGCUUCAUCACAGACCCGGUGGUGCUGAGCCCCUCACAUACCGUGGGCGAUGUGCUGGAGGCCAAGAUCCGGCACGGCUUCUCCGGCAUCCCCAUCACGGAGACGGGCACCAUGGGCAGCAAGCUGGUGGGCAUCGUCACCUCCCGCGACAUUGACUUCCUCGCUGAGAAGGACCACACCACGCUCCUCAGUGAGGUGAUGACGCCCCGGGUGGAGCUGGUGGUGGCACCAGCAGGCGUGACGUUGAAAGAGGCAAAUGAGAUCUUGCAGCGCAGCAAGAAAGGGAAGCUGCCGAUUGUGAAUGAUCGCGAUGAGCUGGUGGCCAUCAUUGCCCGCACUGACCUGAAGAAGAACCGAGACUACCCUCUGGCCUCCAAGGACUCCCAUAAGCAGCUGCUGUGCGGGGCAGCUGUGGGCACCCGUGAGGAUGACAAGUACCGCCUGGACCUGCUCACCCAGGCAGGCGCUGAUGUCAUCGUGCUGGACUCUUCCCAGGGGAACUCAGUGUAUCAGAUUGCCAUGGUGCACUACAUCAAGCAGAAGUACCCCCACCUCCAGGUGAUUGGGGGGAAUGUAGUGACAGCAGCUCAGGCCAAGAAUCUGGUGGACGCUGGUGUGGAUGGGCUGCGUGUGGGCAUGGGCUGUGGCUCCAUCUGCAUCACCCAAGAAGUGAUGGCCUGCGGCCGGCCCCAGGGCACCGCCGUGUACAAGGUGGCUGAGUACGCCCGGCGCUUCGGUGUGCCGGUCAUAGCAGACGGUGGCAUCCAGACUGUGGGGCACGUGGUCAAAGCCCUGGCCCUUGGAGCCUCCACAGUGAUGAUGGGCUCUCUGCUGGCCGCCACCACCGAGGCCCCGGGUGAGUACUUCUUCUCGGAUGGGGUGAGGCUCAAGAAGUACCGUGGCAUGGGCUCGCUUGAUGCCAUGGAGAAGAGCAGCAGCAGCCAGAAACGAUACUUCAGCGAGGGGGACAAGGUGAAGAUUGCGCAAGGUGUCUCAGGUUCCAUCCAGGACAAAGGCUCCAUUCAGAAAUUUGUGCCCUACCUCAUAGCCGGGAUCCAGCACGGCUGCCAGGACAUUGGGGCCCGGAGCCUGUCGGUCCUUCGGUCCAUGAUGUACUCAGGAGAGCUCAAGUUCGAGAAGCGGACCAUGUCAGCCCAGAUCGAGGGCGGCGUGCACAGCCUGCACUCUUUCGAGAAGCGGCUGUACUGAGGAUGGCGGUGGAGGCCGCGGUGGUGGAGGGGGCACGCCCCAGGACCCCCCUUUGGGCACAGCCUCCCUCCAUAACUGAGUGGUCCAUGGAUUUGCACUACGGGUUCCCCGGCUCUUUUCUAGGGAGAGAGGAAGGGAGGCCCUGAGGGGACUGCAGCCUCUCCCUGGGCACCCUUCACAGUUAGGGCUGCCCUGGGAGCCCCCAGGAUCUCCCUUCUUCAGCCCCUGAGCCCAGCCAGCCUGGGCUCACAGGCCCUGUGCCUGCCUCAGGUCUCUCUCGCUGCAGCCUGCUGUGCCCGGCUCUCACCCCUGGGGCAGGUGGUCCCUCUUGGCUUCUCCUGUAGGGCACCUCCCUCCCUGCCACCCUCCCCUAGGAAAUGGUGCUCUCCUGGCCUUGCCUCUGGCCCCUUCCCGGGCUGCUGCCCUCUCAGCCAUGUGGCACUCUGGGCUCCUGACCUAGGCCACGGGGGAGGUCUCUGCCCCCUUCCCCUGGCCUGAGGCUACCCUGGGCCCUGCUCCUCAGGCCACCUGGGGAAGCAGCUGCCCUGAUGAUGGCCACCUGCCCGUCAUUCCCGACUCGUCACUGUCCCCAGGUGUACCAGUCCUGCCCUCUCCUCUCAGCUGCAGUUGAAGGCUUUAACUUUGCACACUUUGGGAUCACAGUUGCGUCAUUGUAUAUUAAAUAAUCUGAAUAAAUCAAGCAGGUCUCAAUGCCUCUA